AUGGAGAAAUACCCCAUCGGCACACGCGCCGAGAGCGAGCGGCUCGUCCGCGAAUGGGGGUUUCGCGAUGUCUUCACUUGGACGGAUGGAAGGUGGGGAUCAUCCCUGAUAACCCUUGGGACUGUCGCUGGUUUUGCCCUGCAUUCUUACCUGCAUAUUAUACGUAUAUCCUGCGCUGACACGUCUAGUAACCACCACUAUGCCCCGCACUCGCAUCGCGGCCUGACGACACAUCUGAUUCGCAGGGGUUGUUUGACUAUUACCUAUCCCGAGGAUCAUGCCUUGUAUCAUGGGGAGGUGAAGAAGGAGACUUUUGGGGUUGGAGAGAGGGUUGAUGUUCCGGCUGGGAAGGUUCAUGAGGUUUGGAUUGGCGCGGACGGGUGUGAGUAUGUGAUUGGGGAGUAG